AUGUGGCGGGAUCGCACCAACCUCUACAUAUCCUACCGCCAGUCAUUCGCACACCACCCGGCAAAAAAGCCACGUUUCGGCGCCUCCAAUGGCUUCGACGGCCCCUCCAAGCCGGAGGAAAGCCGGCGACUCAUCUCGGAGACGGGUGGCUUCGAGGAAGAUGGUGACAUGGUGAUUGAGAUGGACCUGCUUCCACCACGCUGGGUCGAUGUACAGGAGGAAGUCUCAGAGCUGCUGGCGGAUAUUGCGCAGAAGUCCUCGGAGCUAGAUAAGCUGCACCAGAAACACCUGCUCCCUGGGUUCGGCGACGAAGAUCUUCGACGACAGGAUGAGGGUGCUAUCGAGCGCCUGACGCAGGAAAUCACUCGCAGUUUCCACGACUGCCAGAAAGCUAUCAAGCGCAUCGACAUCAUGGUGCGCGAGUCCAAGCAGCAAGGCGGAGUCAGCAACGGCGAGGAGACCAUGGCCAAAAACAUACAGAUAUCUCUUGCGGCCAGGGUACAGGAAUCAAGCGCUCGUUUCCGCAAGAAACAAAGCACCUACCUAAGGAAACUUAGAGGCCUGGAAGGCCUGACGACGCCGUUUGAUCGAUCCCCAACACCGGUUCAAAAUCCCUUUACAGAUCCCUCCUUGAUGGAAUCGGAAGUGGAUAAAUCAUUUUCGCAGACAAUGUUGAUGCAGACUCAACAACGCGCGACGGGCCAACACGAUGCUGCCAUCGCGCAGCGAGAACGUGAGAUCAAUGACAUUGCGAAGGGUAUCAUUGAACUUUCCGAUAUCUUCCGCGAGCUACAAUCUAUGAUUAUCGACCAAGGGACCAUGCUGGACCGCAUCGACUAUAACGUCGAGAGAAUGGGCACCGAGGUCAAAGCUGCAGACAAAGAACUCAAAGUGGCUACAAACUACCAACGACGUUCCAUGAAGCGAAAGGUUAUGCUCCUCCUAGCCCUCGUGGUUAUAGGAUUAAUUAUCGUCCUUGUGGUAAAACCCAAAAACCACAGCUCUCCAUCGCCGCCGCCUGAAGACGAAUCCUCCAACAACAUCCGGUCUGUGCUUGCCUCAGUUGACAGAGCGAGGAGACACCCUACAUCCAAACGGUUCACCCGGGGCCGGUGGAGGGACCCGGAUAUAUUUCGGUGA